AAACCGGCGCCCCUGAUUGGCCAGCGGAUGGAGCUUAGCCGCGGCUGAUUGGUUGCUAUGCCGUUACCGGGCUUGUGAUUGGUGAAUUCCGACCCCCGCUUGUACGCAGCCGCUCUUCUAUUAUCGGAAUUGCCCGGAGUUACCUCAGAGGGAUGAGGCACUAUCAGGCUUGUUAUCAGACACCGAAGAUAGUCACAGUUCACAUGAAAUCUGGCUCCAGAUCUCUCCAACAAAGUAAACUGAAGCUAAAGCGUCCAAUUUAUAAAGGAAAUGUUUAUGUCAGCCGUGCACCAACAUGCUGCAAAGGGCCAUGUCUGGUCAUCAAAAGACAAGAAAUGGCAGCUUUCUUCAAGUUGUUUGAUGAUGAUUUAAUUCAAGACUUUUUGUGGAUGGAUCGUUGCUGCAAAAUAGCAGAUAAGUAUCUUUUAGCGAUGACCUUUGUUUAUUUCAAGAGAGCUGGAUUCAAUAUGAAUGAGUACAACAGAGCCAAUUUCUUUGUUGCUUUACUAUGUUUACUUUACAGAUAUCUAGCAAACACAAUGGAAGAGGAUUAUGAAGAAGCCAAGUAUGAAAUCUUCCCGUGGGCAUUAGGAAAAAAUUGGAGCAAGCUCUUCACAGGUUUUCUGACAUCAAGAGAUCAUUUAUGGUCUAGAGUAAACUACAGGGCAGCUGUGAGCAAACGCUGCUGUGAUGAGGUCAUGGCAAUAGCACCGACACACUACAUCUGGCAACGUGAACGAUCUGAGCAACACAGCGGGGCACUGAGAACUUACAGUAGUAAUGAAUUCAGCAUCCCCCGCGGACCCUGUGUCACACCACAAAACUGUCAAAUCUGUGGUAAGAACGGACAGGUCGUGGGCCAGGGCCUGUCAGAUAGUUCCUCAUCUUCACCUGAUACCUCACUACCACUAAGAAAGCAGAGAGUACUAUACAAGACUUCAGACUCAUCUAACGACAAAAUCCUGAUUGGCCAUCCUCAGUCCUACCUCUGCAAUAAAGAUAACCAAGCAAACGGUGGGACAAGACGACGCAUCCCUCUCCAAGACAAGUCCAUGGAGUGGUUCUCAAGCAGCAAGGAGUGAUGUAAUUUCAUUCAGAAGCUGUUGGUUCAAAUAUUUACAACACUUUUAUUCCAGGUUAAAUGUUUUAGCAAAAAUAUGUGACAUAAUUUAGAUCAAUAAGUGUAACAUAGUUUAAAUCAUACAAGAUACUGUAAUAUUAUAUAUUCUUGGUAUCAGCUGGUGUCCGUCUGUUCUGUAAGUUCUGCUGCCGGUUUGAAUUUUCUCAGCUGCACAAGAAAAGCUGCAAAAUAAAAGUGUCAUGAUUUACAAUUUUAUCAGGAGCCACUGUCACAAAUACUGUAUUCAUAUUAUAAAUAUUAACAAUUUUAUCACAUUAAUGCUAUGUCAUUAUUCUUCAAAGUAAAAUUACAAAAUUGUUCAAAUGAGCAUAAAACCUAAAGACAGCAAAUUAUAAAAAAAAAAAACAUGUUACA